AUGUUCCUCGCUGAGGCUUUGCUCAAUGCUGCCACCGGAGGAGGAGGAGGUGGUGGCGGUGGCGGCAGCAGUAGCCGUGGUGGCGGCAGCAGUGGCGGUGGUGGCGGUACCGGAGGGGCCCUGGUCAGAGGCCUGGGCGGCCUCUUGGCAGGUGGCUCCGGUGGCAACAAAGGAGGGAACCUCGCCGGGUUCGUCGGAGGCCUCGUGAACAUCAUCAGCGAGGCGGCGGCCCAGUAUACCCCCGAGCCGCCUCCGGAGGCCCGGAGCCAUUUUGCCAACGUGGAGGCCAGCGAGAGCGAGGAGGUCCGCCAGUUCCGCCGCCUCUUCGCUCAGCUGGCCGGCGACGACAUGGAGGUCUGCCCCACGGAGCUGCAGAACAUCUUGAACAAGGUGGUGGCCAGGCACAAAGACCUGAAGAGCGAGGGGUUCAGCCUGGAUACCUGCCGGAGCAUGGUGGCCGUCAUGGACAACGACACGACGGGCAAGCUGGGCUUCGAGCAGUUCAAGUACCUGUGGAACAACAUCAAGAAAUGGCAGGGCGUCUACAAGCAGUUCCGCUCGGACGCGACGGGGGCUAUCGAGAGGCCUCGGCUGGUGGCCGCUUUCAAGGCCGCUGGGUUCCGCUUGCACGAGCAGCUGAACGCCUUGAUCAUGCGCCGGUACGCCGACGAAGAAGACGGCAGCAUGGAUUUCAACAGCUUCAUCGGCUGCCUAGUGCGCCUUGACGGCAUGUUCCGGGCCUUCAAAGCCCUGGACCGUCGCGGAGAUGGGAAGGUCCGGAUGAACAUGGAGGACUGGCUGCAGCUGACCAUGUAUUCUUGAAGCUGCACGGCCGGCGAUGCGGAAUUCGCGAUGUUCGGGCAGCUUUGGACUGCAGGCAG